AUGUUUUUGCACAAAGUUAUUCUUUCACUUUUAUUUAGUUCUAUUUUAGCAACUUAAAUAAGCUUUAAUAAUUUUUAAGAAUGGAAAACUUAAUUUAACAAAAAUUAUUUAUCAAAAAAUGAAGAACUUUAUAGGUUUUAUAUUUAUGUUGCUAAUUAUGAUAUCAUUCAUAAACAUAAUUAAGAAUAGGAACAUUCUUAUACUUUAGGAGAAAAUUAGUUUAUGGAUCUAACUCAUGAAGAAUUCUUGGAAAUUUAUGGAUUUAAAAAUCCUGUUUAAGAAUUUGAAAAUUCAAAUUAAAAUUCUGACAGAAUACCUAUAAAUAACAAAAAGGUAGUUCUUUAUGAUUGGAGUGAUUAUUGCCCACUACCAAAGAAUUAAGGUAAUUGUGGUGCAGGAUGGGCAUAUGCAACAGCUGAAAUAAUGGAAUGUUAUAAUCUUAUCUAAUUUGGGUUUGGAUAUCUUGUAUUAAUGUCAUAAUAAUAAUUGAUUGAUUGUGUAAGUAAUAAUAAUGGUUGUGAAACUCAAUCAAUGAAUGAUAUUAUAAAUGCAUUCAAUUAUGCAAAUGAAUUCCAUAUAUCUGAAUUAGAUUAUUAUCCUUAAAGUGGAAAACAAGAUAAUUGUAAAGGAACUAGAGGCAGAACAACUUAUAAACUAACUUAAUUUGAAACAAUACAGAGAGAUAAAUAUACAAUAAUAGAUUCACUUAGUAAUGGACCUGUAGUAGCUGGCUUUGAUAUUAGUGGAUGGUAAUUUUAUAAGGAUGGAACAUAUGAUUGUUUUUUAGAUCAGAAUGCAAAUCAUCAUGCAAUUAUAGUUAAAACUCUUGCACUCUAAGACCAAGAAGACAAAGAUUACAUAGAAAUAUAAAAUUCUUGGGGUUAGUAUUGGGGUAGGAAUGGAUUAAUUAAAUAUAGUUUUAAUUAUAAUUGUAAAGUUUUUAAUAGACCAAUAUAUAAAUCAUUUAAAAUAUAAGUUUAUUGAAAUAUUAAUUUAUGCAUUAUAAAUAUAU